AGAGGUUUUUACAUUGGGCCCAGAGGAUGCGAGUUCCUGCGUACAAGAGUCCAGCUUUGCUCACAAUAAAAAGGUCGCAAAUCUUUGCGAUCGCAACUAUUUCGUCCUUUCCUUCAUGCAAGGAGUUGGUGCAGACUUGGAUACUACAGGUUGGUUUUUACGAAGAGUUAGCAACUAUCGGCAGCCUGGUAGACAAAGAAAUAUGAAACAAACAAUGUAGUUCUUCGACAUUUGAGUCCAACCCCCCCCCCUUUUUUUUUUGCCUCAAAUUUAAGACAAAAACAACCUGAAUCUGUAGAUUGGUUUUUACGAAGAGUUACAAACAUCUGCAGGUUGAUUGACAAAGAAAUAUGAAACAAAUCCAUAAUGUAGUUCUUCGACAUUUGAGUCCAAAAUUGGUUUCUACAAAUUUAAGACAAAAACAACAUCGAUCUUCAGAAUCCAUUAAAGAUCAUCUUCGCUUGUUCUUUGACGCCUGGACGGCUAGCGACCGAACAACCUGCGGAUUUGCAUUGGUGUGGGCACUAAAAUCCUGUUCAUCCCUAUUGGCCAUCUCGCAAGGUGAACAAAUCCAUUCCUUUGUUUUGAAAUCCGGUUUCGACUCAAACAUAUUUAUCCAAAACAGUUUAAUUAAUGUGUAUGCGAAAUGUGGGCGCGUUGAGAGUGCUCGAUCGAUGUUUAAUCAUUGUUCUCUCUUGAGUACUGCGUCUUGGAACAUAAUGAUCGCCGGGUAUGUCAAACUUGGCCGCGUCGAAGAUGCACGUCGACUUUUUGAGGCAAUGCCCGGUAGAGAUUGUGUCUCUUUCACAACGAUGAUCAUGGGUUUUGCUCAGAAUGACCACUUCCUUGAAGCUUUGAUAGCUUUUAGUCAAAUGCGGACCGAAGGUGUGACCCCGAAUGAAAAAACGCUGGCGAGCGUAAUCUCGGCUUACUCGCAUUUGAUUGGGCUUCGUGAUGGAUAUACACUUCAUGCGAUGGCAAUUAAACUGGGGCUUGAAGCGCAUGUCCUAGUUUCAACCAAUUUGGUUCACAUGUAUUCUAUGUGUUCAAACAUUGCUGAUGCGGAGCUUGUCUUUGUUGAUAUGCCUGAAAGAAACAUAGUUUCAUGGAAUGUAAUGUUAAUUGGAUACUCAAAAGCUGGCCUUGUUCAUCUAGCGAGGAAUUUGUUUGAGAAUAUGCCCGUAAGAGAUCAGUUUUCUUGGGAUGCAAUGGUAAAUGGAUACUUAAAGGUAGACUGGUUAAAUGAAGCUUUGGUGGCAUAUAUUGAAAUGCUACAUGCUGGGUUUGGCCCCAACGAAGUUAUGAUCGUAAAUAUGCUCUCAGCGUGUGGGCGAGCAGCAGCUAUUAAUGGGGGCGGGCAGUUCCAUAGUGCAAUAAUAAAGACUGGCUUGGACUCUUAUGUGUUCAUGCAGGCAACAAUCAUCCAUUUUUAUGCAGCUUGUCACAUGAUUGACCUUGCUUGUUUGCAAUUCAAAUUGGGAAGCGAGGACAAUGUCUCAUCUUGGAAUGCUCUUAUUGCAGGGUUUGUUAGAAAUAACAUGGUGGAUUCAGCAAGGAAAUUAUUUAAUGAGAUGCCUGAAAGAGAUGUUUUUUCAUGGAGCUCCAUGAUUGCAGGUUAUGCACAAAACAAACAGUCUGAUAUGGCACUAGAACUUUUCCAUGAGAUGCUAAUCAGUGGCGUCCAGCCAAAUGAAAUCACAAUGGUGAGCGUCCUCUCUGCCAUUGCCACUUCAGGAACAUUGGAGCAAGCAGGGUGGGCCGAUGAUUAUAUAAAUAAUAGUUUUAUCCCUCUAAACGACAACUUAAUUGCAGCACUAAUUGAUAUGUAUGCAAAGUGUGGGAGCAAUGAGAGAGCCUUAGAAAUCUUCAGUCAAAUCCAACAUAAAGUUUCUACAAUCUCACCAUGGAAUGCUAUUAUAUGUGGGACAGCCAUGCAUGGACAUGGUGAAAUGUCCCUUAAAUUAUUUUCAGAUUUGCUAAGGACUGGAAUAAAACCAAAUUCCAUCACAUUUAUUGGAGUCUUGAGUGCUUGUUGUCAUGCAGGGCUGGUGGAUGCAGGAAAGUGGUGUUUUGAGUGUAUGAAGAAGGUUUAUGACAUAGAUCCAGACAUCAAACAUUAUGGCUGUAUGGUUGACCUCUUAGGAAGAGCCGGGUGUCUAGAGGAAGCCAAGCAGCUUGUAGAAAGCAUGCCCAUGAAAGCAGAUGUUGUUAUAUGGGGUACAUUGUUGGCAGCAGCCAGAACCCACGGAAAUGUUGAAAUAGGAGAAAGGGCUGCAGAGAUGUUGGCUAAGCUAGAACCGGAUCAUGGAGCUGGCAGAGUCAUGCUAUCCAACAUUUAUGCAGAUGUGGGGAGGUGGGAUGAUGUAUUCCUAGUGAGGAGAUCAGUGCAAAGUGAGAGAAUGAAGAAAUUGCCUGGGUGCAGUUCUGUUGUCUAAUGACAGUUAAUUUCUUUGAAGGCAAAGAAAGUGAACAGAUUUCUCUGGAUUGGUCUACACAAGCUGUUAUUUGCAUGCAGGUAGUCGUGGUCUUGUGAUUCUUCUUGAGGAGACUGAAUGACUGAUGCAGGCAAUAAAGAGUCCAUGGGGAAAGAAAUCAGUUUUUACUCAAUGGAAAUUUCUUAAUUUUGGGGUGUUAUGGUUUUAGUAUUUUUUGAGUAUUUUCAAUUUUAUUUUCUAGUUUGUUAAUGUCCUAAGAAAAGAGUUUCAGGUCUUUUAGAAACUUACCAAAAAUGCUAUUUCUAGUCAUUUUAGACA